GGGGGAGUUGGAGAGUGAUGGAGAACUCUCGGCACAUGGUGGAGGAAGUGUUGGCUCUUUGUCUCCAAAAGAUCAUGAUGGAGGAAACCAGCAUGAGCACUGAUCUGGAGUUAAUACAAGUGGUGAAAAACCUUGAGGCGGCGAGGAAGCAAUGGCUGCACGCCGAGCUGGAGUUGAAGAAGUACAAAGAGCUGCUGGUGAAGUCGGACGUGUCCAAAGCUGCUCUGGAAGUCAAACUGAAACACGCUCGGAACCAGCUGGACGUGGAGAUGAGGAAACGAUACAAGAUGGAAGCAGACUUCCACUACCUGCAGAGGCAGAUGCAGCUCAUGUGUGACAUCCUGGUCCAUGACAGUAAAUCCAGCGCCUGGUUGAACGCGGAGCAGAAGUCUCUUCUGGCCACAUUUGAGCACAAGGGGAACACGACUCUGCAGCGGAGCAGCAAACGGUUGUGUGUGAUCGACGAGUCAUCUUUCCUGUCACACUCCGAUAUCAGCUACGACCGGACUGAUGAUGACGUGGAUCUGGACACGACUUCCAUUAAACCCCUGAGGUCUCGAGCCAGAGAGAGGAGGCGUUCGUCCAUGGGACUGCCUGUCGGACCUCAAGUCGGGAAGCGAGGGCGAAGCGGGAAUGUUUCUGCAGCGCUGCUGGAGAUGAAACCUACCGAGGGGCCAUUCCAGAUGUCCCCAGCAAUGUCUUCCAGUUUCUCCUUGGGGAACCAGACCAGAUCUAUACUCUCAAGUCUGUUCUGGGUCUACCACGGGGUCCUCUUACCAGUUCAGAUGUCCAGGAGGAUCCUGAUCGAUGCCCGAACCAUCUCAGCUGGUCCCUUUGACACAAGGAGCAGCAGCUGGUCGGCUGAGUCUCUGAGGCUGAGUCUAGCCACCAGGAGGAGGGAGCUGAGUACUGAUGGAAAACAGAAUCAUGACAAGGGAAAUCCCACGAUGAGAAACAUGUUUAAAUUUGUUCAGAGCAUUCAAACAAGUACAGGAUGGCUCAUAGCAAUGACCACGUGGGAGACUGAAGUUGACUUUGUCACUCAGGAGGUCCACACGUUUGCGAAGGAGCUGCUGAUGACCCCUGAGACUCGGAUCAACGUGGUGAUGGGAACCGCACCAGAGACCUCCGAAGACCCCGUCUAUACCCCCACCCAGGAGUGUGGAGACCAAACCUCCGUGUGGUUUCCCUGUGACAAGACGGAAGCACAGAUGGAGAGAGCUGAGAAAGCCGUCGCACACGAUUUCCUUUCUAAAACCGUGAUCCGGCCCGAGAUGUGCCUGCCGUGCGGGAAGAGGAUGCGCUUUGGGAAGAUGGCGGCGAAGUGCAGAAACUGCCGCGCAGUCGCUCAUCCAGAGUGCAAACUAAAACUGAGUGACCGCUGCUUGGCCACAGCCACGACAGGAAGUUCAGCUCAACAGAACUCGUUGGAGGAUUUUGCUCCAGUGAUGAACCCCAAAGUGCCUCUUCUGAUGGUAGAGUGUGUGACUGAGAUAGAGAGGAGGGGCCUGGAGGAGAGAGGACUGUACAGGGUUCCUGGAGGGGAGCGUCUGGUGAAGGAGCUCAGGGAGCGGUUCAUCCAGGGGAAAACGCCACUGAUGCUCAGGAAGGUUCAUGACGUCCACGUGCUGUGUGGUCUGCUGAAGGACUUCCUGAGGAAGCUGAAGGAGCCGCUCAUUCCCUUCAGACUGCACAAGACCUUUAUGGACGCUUCAGAGCUGCCUGAUGAAGACAACAGCACGGCCAUCAUGUAUCAGGCCAUUGCACAGCUGCCAAAGGUCAACAGAGACACGCUGGCAUUUCUCAUGCUUCACUUGCAGAAGGUGAUGAGGAGUCCUCAGUGUCUGAUGGACAAGAAUAAUUUGGCCCGGGUGUUUGGACCAACUAUAGUGGGACAUGGGAUGUCUGAACCGACUCCAACAACCAUUAUGAGAGACAUACACAUUCAGCCAAAGGUUAUCAGCCGCAUGUUGUCCCUCCCUGAAGCCUACUGGAGACGUGUCCUCACCGUCCGAACUGAUAAGAUCUCGUCCUCCACCAGUAAAACCCACAGCCUGGAUGAUGUGCAUGGUCGGUUGUUUGAGCCAUUGACUUCGCCAGAGUUAAGUAGCUUCUACAAAACUCCCAGCAGAGGAACUCUGAGUGGCAGGACUCGGAACCAGAGCAACGAUCUCUUCAGAACAGGUCGAGCAGAACCAGCGCGGAGGUUCUUUACUUCACCCACUUGAUCCACUAACCUGAACCACAAUCUGACUAUACACAGGUGGGAGAGACUGGUUAAACUGGUCUGCCAUUACAGUUCCAGACGUCUGAACAGAAGAACCAAUCACAGGACCGCUUCCCGCUGCUGCUGGCUGUUCUCUU